GAACUUUUAUUUAAUGUGUUUUUUUGCAUCGCCUUUCGACUUGGCUUGAUUACCAUCAACAUUCUCGACUCAUCAUCAUUUAUAUCAACUUCAUCACUCAAUCUCUCAAUACUAAACGACAUACGAAAUGCUUUCUCUUGCUUUUGCCACAUGUGCCCUCGUCAUUAGCCAUGCUUUAGCUGCCGACUAUCGAGUUACUUUAGGUAUUUCUCAGCUUACUGGACAAGUAGGAGUCGGUUUCGAUCCUAAUCGAAUCUUACCUGUUGCUGGCGAUACUAUCACCUUCACAUGGAGUGUACCAUCUUAUAUCAAUAACCCACCUACUGGCUCCUACAGUGCCACUCAGGGAUCCUAUGGUUCACCUUGUCAACCAAUGGCGGGAGGAUUUGAUAGUGGACCUCGUACUACAGCUGCUGAGAGUUCAGGUAGUGCACCAUCAAUGGUGUUUCAAGUAAAAGAUACCCAGCCUUUGUACUUUUACUCUUCCGUGGGUGAUCAAUGCAAGCAAGGCAUGGUUUUAGGUGUCAAUAGUGCCGCAUCAGGUGAUGGCAGUGUCGAAUCCUACAUCAUCGCCGCCGGUGGUAAUCCAUACCCGGACACGGGAAACUCGAGUUCCACAACGACGACGACAACUACUACCCCGGCAUCCACUACGACGAACACAAGUGCUACCAUGAACAUGACUCAUUCGAUGACUAACAGUACAUCCAACAGUACCAUGUCUCAUAACUCGACCACCGCUUCUACUAAUGCUCGUCCAAGUAGCGCAACCGGUAUAAUCGUUCCUCAAGCCUUGGUCUUCAUGGCCGGUCUUAUCUCUGCCCUCGUUUUGUAAUCUUUUGUUAUGAUGGAAAUCAAGGAUUCGUUGUUAUUUCUUCAUUUCUUCAUGUUUUAUCAUCUUAUCGUUUGAUCUAGCAUACUACAGCACGACUUUCCUUUUUUUUAUUUCAAUUCUAAUCUGUUUGACGUUUACUUUUUAUGAAUUGAAUUUUGUAAGAUUGACGAAGCUACCUAUCUCAUCUUAUCACCAGAGUCCAACUCCAAAUUGACCUUCAUGGGUCUCCGAGGUCAUCUGAUCAAUUUUUGAACAUGU